AUGUUGAAUAUGGAAAGCGCGGGUGGUGGCUCUGCCCUGGCGGGUCUGAGCAAGACCCUAACAACACCCUUCUCCAUCAACGAUAUACUGACGCGCAGCAAGCUGGCGCCGCAGCCGCCGUCGGGAACGCGUCGCGACUCCGAUUCGGAACUAAGUGCGGGUGCCACGAAACCGGAGUCGGAGCGGGCCACGAAAUCCCCGCCUCCGCUCUGUUGUCGCGACCUCAGUAUCUAUAAGUUGGCGCAGUGUAAAUUGGUGGGGGAUUCCCCCACAGUCGGCAAUAAUUAUCUGCAAUAUUAUGCGGCAGCAGCGGCGCUCGAUAAUAAUAAUCAGAGUGGAGGCGUGGGCGGUGCAGGAGGCGUGGCAGGCAACAACAACAAUGGCAGCAAGCUGAGCUACUUUGCUGGCGCUGUCGGUCUACCCCUAGACAUGCGACGCUGCACCAGCAACGAUUCCGACUGCGAUUCGCCGCCACCUCUGAGCAGUUCACCCUCUUCGUCGGCGGCUGGCUAUGCCACCACCACCUCGCCCCUCUCGCACGACGACAGUCUGAGUGGCGCACUGAGUCGCAAGAAACGUUCGCGUGCCGCCUUCAGCCACGCCCAGGUAUUUGAGUUGGAACGCCGUUUCGCCCAGCAGCGUUAUCUCAGCGGACCGGAGCGCUCCGAAAUGGCCAAAACCUUGCGCCUCACCGAGACGCAGGUGAAGAUCUGGUUCCAGAACCGACGCUACAAGACGAAACGCAAACAGAUUCAGCAACACGAGGCGGCUCUACUCAGUGCCACAAAGCGUGUGCCCGUACAGGUGUUGGUCCGGGAGGAUGGCACUACGGCCUAUGCUCACCUGACUCCGGGAUCCACCUCCUCGGGCUAUUCGCAUGGGCUCGAUCCGGCGCUACUGAGCAUCUACAGGCAUCAGCUGCAGUUGGCCUACGGCGGUCUGCCGCUCCCUCAGAUGCACUUUCCGUACUUCUACCCGCAGCCGAAGGUGCCGCAACCCAUUCCCCCGCCGAGUCAACAGUCCGCCUUUGUGCACAACUCAUCGGCCUCCUCAUCGCCGGCACGCAAUCAACACAGUCCUUGCCAGAGUCCCGGCAAUGUGCUGAGCGUGGAGAGCGGGGCGGAGAGUCAAUCGGCGGCGGAAGAUGGCGAAGAGAAUGUGGAAAUAGAUUAG